AUGGCUACACUGGAUGUCGCUGCUAAUGCUGAGAUGGCACUUGUGCUGCCAAGUCUGGUGCUGGCAAGAUAUCUCAAUCGUGCUGAGCUUCUGCCCGGUCUCACGACCAGGUUCCACGCCGUCAGCAAUUUUGGAGACACCUCAUCGGUACAAUUGACACAAAUGGAAGGAGAGACGGUGACUGAUAUGGCUGUCAUACGCUGCCUUGCAGAUCUCUCUGAGAAGAAAAGAGGCGUACAGGCGGGCAAGUGGAUUAAAAAAAUGGAGGCCUUUGCGAGCAAGAAUCGCCGAGACUUGGAAACCGCCUUGAUUGAUCUGGAUGCCCAUCUCACCCUGCGCACGUACCUGAUCGACCAUGAAAUCAGCAUCGCUGACCUUGCAAUAUGGACAACUUUGAGAAGCAAUCAUAUCGCUCUGUCAUUGAUGAAAAAGGCCGUAGGGAACGUCUUUCGGUGGUACAAUUACAUCGAUUCUUCAAAUCCCUGGCUAUCCGAGUUGAUUGAAGAGCUCACAGCUCCCGCCGCCAAGGAGCGUGCUAAGGUGCGCGCGGCAGCCUCAUCAGCCGGCGCUAGCUAUGACAUUGACUUGCCGACACUGGAAGGCCAUAUCGUCACAAGGUUUCCUCCUGAGCCUUCCGGAUAUCUUCAUAUUGGACACGCGAAGGCAGCCCUGCUCAACGACUACUUCGCCCAUGUACGACCUGGCGGAAGAUUACUUUGCCGCUUUGACGAUACAAACCCCUCAAAGGAGUCGAUGGAAUUCCAAGAUGCCAUCAUAAAGGAUUUGGAACUCAUGGAUAUCGUUCCUGAUGCGACCAGUUAUUCCAGCGAUUAUUUCCAGCAAAUGUAUGAGCUUGCCGUCCAACUCAUUAAGGAAGGGAAGGCCUUCGCCGACGAUUCGGAAUUAGGCAAAGGCGACCAGGAGCGCAAGAAUCGAUUGCCUUCAAAGCGUCGUAACCUUGGCAUCGAGGAGACAUUGGCACGGUUUGAGGAGAUGACGACCGGAUCGAUUGAGGGUCAGCGCUGGUGUAUCCGUGCGAGGAUUGCCUACGAUAGCCCCAAUGGCACGCUCAGGGAUCCGGUCAUCUAUCGCUGUAAUCUCACCCCGCACCAUCGCACCGGGACGAGCUGGAAAGUCUAUCCGACUUACGACUUUUGUGCUCCAAUUCUCGACUCCAUUGAGGGCGUGACGCUUGCCCUAAGAACAAACGAGUAUCGCGACCGUAACGCUCAGUACGAGUGGUUCCAGGAUGCUCUUGGCCUCCGCAAGGUGCCCAUAUACGACUUCUCGCGAAUGAACUUUGUCCGGACUCUACUUUCCAAGAGAAAAUUGACCCAGAUUGUAGAGGAAGGCAAAGUGUGGGGUUGGGAUGAUCCUCGUAUGCCAACCAUCAGAGGCAUUUUAAGGCGCGGCAUGACCGUGGCGGCUUUGCGAGAGUUUGUCCUUAAGCAAGGACCUAGUCGGAAUACGCUCAACCUGGAGUGGAAUGCAUUCUGGGCAUUUAAUAAAAAGUACAUUGACCCUGUCGCGCCUCGACACACAGCCAUUCUUCAAGAAGACGCAGUAUACUGUACCGUUCACGGCGUUGACAAUCUGGAAGAGUUGACAAAGCCGAAGUAUAUCAAAAAGCCGGAGCUUGGUACAAAGAAGGUACUGGUCGGCAAGACGAUUGUGCUCGAGCAAGUCGACGCCCAAUCGUUCACCGCGAACGAGGAAAUUACGCUGAUGAACUGGGGAAACGCAUUUGUUAGGCAGAUCACCAAGGACACAGACGGGAAGAGAAUCGCCGCGCUCGACCUCGAGUUUCGCCAGGGCGGUGACGUGAAGAAGACCAAGAAAAUCACUUGGCUCGCAGCUGUGGAUGGGAACCUGGUCAACGUUGAUCUCGUGUCGUUCGACUACCUCAUCUCGAAGGAUAAGCUGGAGAAAACGGACGAAGUCGGCGAUUUCCUUACGCCUGUUACCGAAUUCAGAAAGCAGGCAUUUGCGGACAUUAACGUAAAGGAUCUUGAGCAUAGCGCCAUUGUACAGUUCGAACGCAAAGGUUACUUCAGGCUCGACGCCGCCUUCCAAAAAGACCAGCCUAGGAUGGUGUUCUUUGACAUUCCCACCCGGUAG